AUGACAUCGUUUUUGGUGAUCAUCGAACGAAGAUUCAUCACUGGACGCGCUACUACUUUUUUGUCAAGGAUCGACCGUGCUUCGGUCGGGGAUUUCGAUCCUAGUCACGUCUUAACAAAAUGGGUCCAGGAGCCGGGAAGGAUUGUCCCAAGGAAAGUAAAUACUACUUUAAAGGAGAAGUUUAGAACUUUACGCGACUUGAGUAGAGAGACUUGGGCGGAUGCGUUUGCCGAGACCGAAAGGAAGAAGAAGGAAAAGAAAGGAAAGGCUAUUGCUAUAGCGAUUCCUCUCCCUGAUAAGUUGCCGGGUGUUGCUAGGAAGACAGGCUUAAGGAAAAGGGCUCCGGCUUUGGUGGAUGAUGAUAUCCUGAUUUCUGAUCCUUUAUCCAAGCGGAUGAGGUCAGAUUCCUGCGAGCUAGGUGAUCUUCCUCAGUCACUGGGGUCUCUUGGGGGUGUCACCAGUGGCGAUUUCUCUUCUCGGACUGUCGUGGCUUCUACUGGUCAGGGCGGGGAUAUGAGUAUCCUGGAGUCUGGAGGUGACGGGGUGACGGAUUCCGUCGGGAUAGACUCCGAUGCUGUCUCCUUUAAGUGGAAAGGUGGUGCUCCUUUAAUGGAUAAUGGCGACUUUAGUGGAGAGAUGGUUUGGGGUUGCAAACCUAAGCCAUGCUGGGGGGUUCCGCGUGGUGAGCUUGAGUUCAAGGGUGCUUUCGAUGAGGCUUCUAAUAAUCUUAUUAGAGCCGGAGGGAAGUUUGCUGCGUUGAUUCAACUUUAUGACGGGCGCUCAAGGGUGCUCGGAGCGGAGUUGAUCAAAUUAAAGCCGAUUUGUUUGAUAACUUUGAUGGUGAUGCGGCUGCAGUUAGGUUUCGAGAAGAAAAGAGUGCUUUUGAAAAGAAGAUAG